GAAGCUAGCCAGGUACCAAUGUACUGAACACACAAGGGAUCGGCCGCGUAGCAGCGACCAACCCGAGAUUCAUUGUUCCUUCCCGCUGAAUCCAGACCAGUACCGAUAGCAGCUGCAAGCCCUACGCAGGAAAGGCCAGACAUUCCUACAUAUUGCUUGCAGACCUAGCCAGCGCUCCCGAAGGCGAACAAGCUGUACUCGUCCACAGCAACGAUCGAGCACCUCUUGUUCCCCCUGAUCCUACGGGCGCGCUCGAGCGAUGAUACCUCGGUAACAGCGGCCUCAGUCAGCUUCAUAGCAAGAGUCGCGCGACUUAGCUCGGUUCUGUCCGUAUUGCGACCUGGAUGGGUCUCGAGUAAUCCUUGGGAUUCGGGCGUUUGGCCGGGGAGGGUGAGGCAUCAUGUUCUCCAAUACAGGGACGCGCAAGUCUGUGGAUAGCCUGUCGUCGACAGUAUCCGCAGGUCACCGGGGCGACUUCCCCUUUCACGGGAAAGGGCCACAUAGCCCACCGCGUCCCGCCCAUCAGCGACGAGGCUCGACUGCCAGCUCCAUUUACUCGAUAGGAGGCUCACUGGACCCCUCGGGAGGGUGGACAAACGCCGUCCUCGAAUCGGGUCAAAAUGCCAUUUCAACCUUGCUGCAGCCGCCCAUAGUGCGGACUGGUCUGCUUCCACACACCUCUGCGCCCGCCUCAAGCGCCCACAAGCCUCCGACAGCGCGAGACAUACCCCCAGUACCACUCACUAACAUUCCGCACGUUGAGCCGUCCGAAUUCAACCCCUAUUUGUCCCAAGUCGGCGCCUUGUAUGAGCAGCUGCGUCGGAUCCAGGCCGAUGAAGACCAAGCAACAAGCAGCCUGUUUCGUCGAGCCUCCAAGACCGAUGAGCUCUCCGAUGCCCCCGACGAGAGCCACUUGCGACCGGGUAAACGCCCCGGUUUGUCAUCGAGGCGGACCUCGACCGCGUCCAUCACCUCUCUGUCGUCAAUAGAAGCGGCCACGACUCCGCGCCCUUCGAAUUCGCGUACUAGGAGAGGAGUGACGCAGGGACCUCCACCGCUGUCGACGAUUCCCGCCGUAUACUUUGAUGAAGACUUCCACCUGGAGAAUCCCCGCAUAUUCGAUGUGGUCAGUGAGCGAUCCGAGGUGGUGCGACCGACACAGGGCAGCGAUGAGAAGGGUGCAUCCAAUGGCCAAGCCGCCGCACCUCGCAAAGCACUGGCAACGAACGCCAUCCUGCAGGAAAAGCUAUCCUGGUACAUGGAUACCGUUGAGAUGCAUCUCAUCCAGUCCAUAUCGACGGCGUCAACUACUUUCUUCACCGCCCUUGGCUCUCUACGAGAGUUGCACUCGGAAGCUGCUGACUCGGUAGAGAGAAUAAAGGCACUGAGAAAGGAGCUAAAAGAUUUGGAUGAAGAGAUCGCCACGGGCGGCUUGAAUAUUGUUCACCAGCGUCGCAAGAGAGAAAAUGUCAAGCAGUUACAUGAUGCCGUCAUGCAACUAAGAGAGAUCGUUGACGGCGUCGCCGUCUGCGAGUCAUUGGUCGAUGCCGGGGAUGUCAACGAAGCCCUGGACCAUAUUGACGCCCUUGAGAGGCUCAUUGCCGGUGAGGCAUCAGACGACAGCCACGCGGGAACGCGGCUAAGGGACCUGAGAGGAGCUACCGCCCUCCAGGGCGUUAACAGCGAUCUGGACACGCUCCGACUCCGGAUCGGGAAAACAUUUGAAGCGAGGUUCAUCAGCACGUUACUCACGGACCUUCGAACCCACGUUGAGCGGGUAUCCCACCAGGAGGUUCUAAUGCGCUGGAGUAGUGCUUCGAUGCGCGCUCGGGGGACACACAGCCGCGAACCGUCGGCAUUCCCUGCAUACAUGGCGGCAACAGAUGUGAUAAGGACAGAGUUGUUGGCGAGCCUAACCGGCUUACAGCGUGCAAAGUAUCUCACAGCCGCGGCAAAUGCAUAUCGCGAAGCAGCACUUCGAGAGAUUAGAAACAUUAUCCGACAGCCUCUCCCAAGCUCCGAUGACGACGACAAUGAAUCCCUCAUGUCCACAUCAACUAGGACCGGCGGUAGACAGCGCUCCCAGCAGGAGAGGUCCAUAACCUUGGCUCGGAAUCUGCGGGCAUUAGAGCCACGAGAGGCUGAUGAGCUUUUGACGAAGAUAUACAUAGGCGUAACCGAAACGCUGAGAAGACUAAGCACCCAAGUGAAGGUCUUGUUAGAUGUUGCGAGCUCUAUCGGCGAGCCUUCAAGUCCCGACGGGCUUCGAUCCCCUCCGCUCAAGUCACCUCCAUUCAGCCCCACAGCGAGGCAAAUUACAGGCGCUGCCCAGGAGGCUCAGGAAGAGAUUCAUCGGGUCGUUGACCUUGCUAAUCUCCUGGGUCAAGCUGUUGACGUUGCCCAAGAGAAGAUUGUCAAGGUAUUGCGGGUGCGAUCAGAACAGAGCAAGCGGCUGGGUCUCAUCUGGUUCCUCCGGUAUUUUACGCUGAAUCUGCACUUCGCCAACGAGUGUGAGGCCAUCUCGGGGCGCAGUGGAACUACACUAAAGACCGUUGUCAACGGCCACAUCAAGGACUUCAUCCAAAUACAUGGGGACGCCGAAAACCAGAAGCUCGCACAAGGUAUGGAUUCGGACCAGUGGAAUUCUGCCGACUUUGGCGAUAAAGACGCCGAACUCCUCAACCGCAUACUGGAAGGGAGCACUAGAGAUGCUGCCACUUGGGCCGAGGGGACUCAGAUAUGGAUUCCCUAUGAGGAGGCCGAUACGGAUAAGGAGGUUGAUGUCGAUGCGCCAGCGGCGCAGACGAACGGUAGUGGCAAGGCCAAAACGCGGAGUGCUGUGGUGGAUUCGGAAAGCUUCCUGCUUCCCGAAUCUGCGAUUUUGUGUAUGCAUGGAAUCGCUCGCUUCUUGCAUCUCAUGACGGCCAUACCAUCCAUGACGGCGGAGAUAUCAGCAUCCCUCGUUGCAUAUGUCCAGCUCUUCAACUCGCGCUGCACACAGCUCAUCCUUGGCGCGGGAGCAAGGAUAUCUGCUGGGCUCAAAAACAUCACGGCAAAGCAUCUUGCGUUGGCAUCACAGGCCUUGGCGUUCAUGGCGGCGAUUAUUCCUCACGUCCGAGAAUUCGUCCGGCGACACUGCGGCACGGGAGCUACAGUAUCAACCGUCAUGGGCGAGUACGAUAAGGUCAGACGUGCUCUUCAGGAGCACCAGAACAGCAUCUACGAUAAACUUGUGGAAAUCAUGACUGGGAGAGCUCUCGCCGGAGCGAAGAAACUGAAGGCGCUGGACUGGAAUCAAGAAGCCGCCAACGGCACGAAUGAGUACAUGGAGACACUGGUCAAAGAGACCACAACAUUGCAUCGUAACCUGACCAAGCAUCUCCCCGAGAGCACAGUGGGGUUGAUCAUGGUACCCGUGUUCAGGAACUACAAGGACACGUUUGGUGCUGCAUACAGAGGGGUGGAGCUCAAAACCGAGCAAAGUCGGGAAAGGAUGCUGCGCGAUGUCGGAUACUUCCAGUCUCGACUGGAAAAGAUCGAAGGAUUUGAAGACGCGGGUGACCAUCUGAUGAAAGUUGUCAGAAGCAAAGAGGUUACGACACCGGUUCCAGCGCCGCCACCGCCAAUGCCCUCACCAAAAGAGGAGAACGGGGAAAAGUCAGGAGAGGAGCGAGCGGCGUUGGAGGCACAAGCGGUAGUUAAAGCCACGGAGAAGAGUGAAGAUACCAGCGACAGCAGCAAGGCGUAACGGAAUUGCAAUGACUGGUGUUGACGGCUGGGUUUGGGGAUCGUCCUGGAUGAAAUGAUAUAAUUCGACGAUGGCGGUAUAGAUGGAUAUGUGGUUUGAAUAUUCCGAAUGGAUUAGCGUUGACGUCUAGAGAGCCUAGGGGCGGACGCACUGCGAUCGACCCUUACAACCUAGGGCUGCUUACGUAUAGAUACCAUCAAACCACGCUUCAAGUUCUGAU